CGGUUUUGUUGGUCAACAUGGUGCUCUACAUUAUAGGCCUAGGCCUAUCGGACGAAAAGGAUAUUACUGUCAAGGGCCUUGAAGCCGUCAAAUCAUGCUCACGAAUUUACUUGGAGGCGUAUACGAGUAUUUUGGGAGUUGGGAAAGAGCGACUGGAGGCAUUCUAUGAACGCCCCGUUAUUAUUGCCGAUCGAGAUAUGGUCGAAACGGAAUCUGACGCCAUUUUACAAGACGCUGAUAAAGUUAAUGUCGCCUUUCUCGUCGUUGGAGAUCCAUUCGGCGCAACAACCCACACCGACCUUGUUCUGCGAGCCCAAGAACGGGGGAUCCCCACCGUACCGAUCCACAAUGCGAGCGUCAUGAAUGCUGUUGGGUGUUGUGGACUUUCAUUGUACCAGUACGGCCAGACCGUGUCGAUUGUGUUUUUUACAGAGACGUGGAGACCGGAUAGUUUUGUGGAGAAGAUUGGGGCGAAUCGGCAGAUGGGAUUACAUACCUUGUGUCUGUUAGAUAUUAAAGUGAAAGAACAAAGUAUUGAAAAUCUGGCUCGCGGCCGCAAAAUCUACGAACCUCCCCGCUACAUGUCCAUCCCAACCGCCAUCACCCAACUCCUUUCCGUCACCACAGACGCCUACAGUCCGACCACCAUCGCAGUCGGCCUAGCACGUCUCGGUUCUGCCACACAGCAAAUUGUCGCAGGGACACUGGAGGAACUCCAAUCAGUCGAUUUCGGGCCUCCGUUGCACUCUCUGGUGAUUUGUGGCAAGAUGCAUUUUCUGGAGGCAGAUGUUGUGAGGGGGUUUGCGGUAUCAAAAGAGACAUUUGAUCGGUAUGCGGAAGUUUCGGAGCACUAGAGGGUUGUAUGCAGAGUAGAGGACGGCUUUUAUUGGAUUUUGGAGGAGGUCAAGGAUAGAAGAUGCUCUCUUUGAGCGACAUUGCCAUCCCACUGACGGGGGCUACUCACACGACACCGUUGGCAAGGAAAAACGCACACACAUUCUAUAUACAACAGCCCAUAAAUUAAAGACAUUCACCCCAUAAACUUUUUGUGAAUAAUAUCGGGGUCUUCUUGGUAUUCUUCAGCUGACACCCACAUCUUU